UGUGGGGCGGGCGGCAGAGAGCAGGACUGAGUUUGAUCCGAGUCCUUCUGGGGCCGACACCUCCCGCCUGGGCCUCCUGGAGCCCACUUCCUGGAUCUCCCUAAAGCCGGGAGCCCCCCCCCCCCCCCCACGGCCCGGGACUCUGCAGCUGGGCGGGGCUGGCUGCGGCUUGUAAGGAGGUGGGGCGGGAGAGAGCCGGGGUGCCAAUUUCCUGUAGAGUACUGGGUAUACACGGGGCUGCUCUGGUGCUGACUGCGGACCGCUGUGGCCUCCGGCUUCCUCUUCGGGAUCUUCUUUCCUGCUACAACGUCCUGCCGGAUGCAGUUUUACUGCGCCCUGUCCGGACCCAGGAGUCCUGCCUUCCGGCCCCUGAGCCCCAGACUCCCUGGCUCCUGCUCCCCCGCCCCUCGGGCAGCCUCAGCUUCAGGCACCCUAAGCUAAACAGGCAAAAAUGAGCAGAGAGGGCGGAGAGUGAAGAGGAGCUCUGGAGGGCUUCCUGGAGAGACAAGACCAGGAAAAGCUGGAGGAGCUUCACCAGAUGGAUUCACUGGGGCUACUUUGCUGCCUCUACAGGGAGCCUGGAGUCCCAGGGAUGGCCUUGGAAAGGGACAGACUCCCAGGCCAAGAGGUGGUGACAUUCCAGGAUGUGGCUGUGGACUUCACUGGGGAGGAGUGGCGCCUCCUGUCCCCUCCCCAGAAGGAGCUGUACAAGGAGGUGAUGCUGGAGAAUGCCCGGAACCUGCUCUCUGUGGGACUGCCAGGUCCCCCAGAAGAAGUGAUCUCUUCUUUGGAGCAGAAGGAAACCCCAUGGAUACUGGAACAAGAAGACCUGAGAAGCUGCUGCUCAGUAGAGAUGAGACCUGAAAUAAAGAACACUCCAACAGACAUGAGCCUUCCUGUGGGAGACAUGCACCGACAAAGAUUCAUGAGUCACGGUCCCAAUAACUUUGCUUUCAGAGAAUACUGUGUUGCACCUCCAAACUCAUCUCAUAUUGAACAUCAAAGAAUGCACCCUGAGGAAAAAUCUAGUGGAAAUAAGGAAUGUGGAAAGAUUUUUAUGCACAGGGACAAUCUUGCUAGAUAUCAGAGAAUCUACACUGAGGAGAAAUCUUAUGAAUGCCAGCAAUGUGAAAGGACUUUCAAGCGGAGCUCCAGUCUUGCUGUACAUCAAAUAAUCCACACUGGGGAGAAACCUUAUGAAUGCAAGCAGUGUGGAAAGACAUUCAGUUGCAGCUCCGCUCUCGCUGUACAUCAUAGAAUCCACACUGGGGAGAAACCUUAUGAAUGCAAGCAGUGUGGAAAGACAUUCAGUUGCAGCUACUAUCUUUCUGGACAUCAGAGAAUCCACACUGGGGAGAAACCUUAUGAAUGCAAGCAAUGUGGAAAGACAUUCAGUCAGAGGUCCCAUCUUAACUUACAUCAUAGAAUCCACACUGGGGAGAAACCUUAUGAAUGCAAACAGUGUGGAAAGACAUUCAGUCGGAACUCCUAUCUUGCUGUACAUCAGAGAAUCCACACUGGGGAGAAACCUUAUGAAUGCAAUCAGUGUGGAAAGACAUUUAGUCAGAACUCCAGUCUUGCUGAACAUCAGAGAAUUCAUACUGGAGAGAAACCUUAUGAAUGCCAGCAGUGUGGAAAGGUAUUCACUGUGAGCUCCUGUCUUGUUGUACAUCAGAGAACACACACUGGGGAGAAACCUUAUGAAUGUAAGCACUGUGGGAAGACAUUCAGUUGUACCUCCAGACUUGCUCAACAUCAGAGAAUCCACACUGGGGAGAAACCUUAUGAAUGCAAGUGGUGUGGAAAGGCAUUCAAUUCCAGUUCCCAUCUUGCUGUACAUCAGAGAUUCCAUACUGGGGAGAAACCUUAUGAAUGCCAACAAUGUGGAAAAGCAUUCACUGUGAGCUCCCAUCUUGUUGUACAUCAGAGAAUCCAUACUGGAGAAAAACCUUAUGAAUGUAAACAGUGUGGAAAGACAUUCAGUUGCAGCUCCGCUCUUGCUGUACAUCAAAGGAUCCACACUGGGGAGAAACCUUACGAAUGUAAGCAGUGUGGAAAGACAUUCAGUUGCAGUUCUCAUCUUUCUGUACAUCAUAGAAUCCACACUGGGGAGAAACCUUAUGAAUGCCAGCAGUGUGGAAAGACAUUCACUUGCAGCUCCACUCUUGCUGUACAUCAUAGAAUCCACACUGGGGAGAAACCUUAUGAAUGCAAACAGUGUGGAAAGACAUUCAGUCGCAGCUCUGCUCUUGCUGUACAUCAGAGAAUACAUACUGGUGAAAAACCUUAUGAAUGAUCAAAGUAGAAAAAAAUUGGUCAUUUAUUCUUUCUGUUCAUCAUAGAAUUCACACUUGUUGAGAAACCUUAAGAAUGGAAGCAGUGUUGAAAGGCAUUUGGGGAGAGCUACCGUGUUGCUAUACAUCAGACAAUCCAUUCUGGGGAGAAGCCUUAUGAAUGCAAGCAGUGGAAAGACAAUUAGACUGAGAUCCCAUCUUACUUUACAUCAGAGAACAGGCACUGGGGACUAAUAGUAUGAAUGCAAGCAAUGUGGAAAGAGAUCCAAUAUGAACUUUGCUUUUGUUUUACAACAUAGAAUCCACACUGGGGAGAAACAUGUAUGCAAGCUACAUGGAAAAAUGUUCACACAGUACUCCAAUCUUGCUAUUUGAAGGAAAUUUACCAGCUGACAUUUCUAGAGUAGCCUACCUGGCGAUAGCCAAACCUUGGCUCAGAAGCAAGGAUUUUGUGAUGGGAACCAUUUGUUGAUGAUACGAUGGCAACAGGGGAAAUGCACCAAUAGAUACAAGAAAUCACAAGAUUGGGGGUAGGGUGGUAUCUCCUGCACUGAUCCCUGUGUUGACCCCCUGGGUGGCCCAGGCAAAAUAUUCAGCCACAGUUGACUCUUUUAAUGUGACUUGUGAGAGUUAGUGGGCAGAGGAAACAAUUGAUAAAUUGAAGCAAGAGCAGAUUUCCAGGGUCUUCUCUUCUAGUUUAGUUAAUUGCUGGACUUUUUUGUGAGCAUGGCUAGUGUGCCCUAAUGGUGGCCACAGGGUAUCAAGCUAAUUGGAGCUGUGAGAAAAGUAUCUAUUUUUCCAUCUUAUUCCCUUAUCUUAGAUUAAAUAAAAUAAAUUUAGGGCAA